AUGAAGGAUGAGCAGCACAACGCAUUUCAAGGUCUGCUCACGUUCGACGAGUCUCUGCUCUACUCCUCGGGGCACUUCUCUUCAAGAAAUGAGCUCAUUUCGUGCAUCGUAGCAAUGCUCCACGGCGUCGAAGUUUUAACCUAUCUUCCCACGCUUUAUCUCUAUAAAGACGAUUUCAAAAUCUCUCCAGCUCUGUUGACGUUCAUUUUGGGUUUGAUAAGGCUGCCCCUGAAUUCGAAGCUUUUGUUGGCGUUUAUGAGUGAUUCUGUACCAAUUUUCGGGAGUCGGAGGAAAAGCUAUUUGGCUAUCGGAUCCUUCAUCUGCUUUUCCUCAAUGUUUGUACUUGGCCUUUUAAAUGAAAGUUAUUCCAUUGUUCUAACCACUUUACUGUUUGCACUCUGCUCACUCGGAUCUGCCUUGUGUAGCGUGAUUGGAGAGGCAUUGGUGAUAGAGUGUGCAUAUAAACAAAGUACUGAUCAGGUUACGAAGACGAUUUCGACAUUUUACACAUUUCGAAAGUUAACAUUCGCAGCCAUGUCUUAUCUUUCGUCAGUUUUAAUGAUGAUUAUUAAAAAAAGAGAAAUAUUUAUGAUAUCGUCGAGUUUGCCAUUUUGUGUGUUUUUUACGUCAUUUUUCAUACAAGAGAAGCCGUUUGGCUAUUAUUUGACAAUAAAGGAACAGUAUAAUAGAUUAGUUUCAUUCGCAUCUAAACCUGAGAUCAAAAACCCAUCCAUCUUCCUUUUCAUAUCAAUGAUUGUUCCGAGCGCUGGCACAGCGAUGUUUUACUUUAUGACUGAGCGUUUACACUUCCAGCCUGAGAUUUUUGGUCGCUUUUCAGCUUUUCAAGCAAUUGCAAGCCUCUUUGGCAUCUAUUGUUACUUGCUCUUCUUCAGGAACAUUAGCAUUCGAAGACUAUUUGUAUGGACUACAUACUUGGUGGCAGCAUUCUGUUCACUGAGCAUUGUGUUGGUAAAGAGGUGGAAUGUUGUUUUGGGGAUACCAGACAAGGCGUUUGCAAUCACUGACACUUCGCUGAUUCAGUUCAUCGGAGAGAUGAACUCGUUCCCCAUCUACGUCAUGGCCACUAGACUGUGUCCACGGGGAAUUGAGAGUAGUAUGUAUUCAUUCCUCUGGACUGUCCAGUUUCUUGGAAUGGACAUCAGCACUUAUAUCUCCUCUGGGCUUACACACUUAUUUGGGAUCCAGAGUCACAAUUUCAAGGGACUGGUGCCAAUGAUCGUAGUCUGCGCUGCAGCACAGCUUAUACCAAAUUUCUUUGUCUCACUGUUACCGAAAGAAUUGCCAACCGUGCAAAUGGAUGAUGAUGUCACUGCUACUAUAGAUGAAGCAGAGGAGGAGGGACAAGGAAAUGAAAUCCAGGCUGGAUCGGAAAUUUAUGUUUAUAAAUUUUGUAUUUUAGUUGUAAGUUUUUAUAAAAAUUUAGUUCAAGUAUAG